AUGUCGUUCCUCACCGAGAUGACUUUCCGCCGCAUGGCCACCAUCUCCCGCACUGCCGCACGCUCCUCCAACUUCACAUCGACCGUGCCACGAGCAGCUUUCUCUACAACGGUCCAACUACAAAAGAACCCCGUUGAUGCUACCAAGGAUGGCCUGAAGAAGGUAGACCGCGUUGUUUCCGAUAAGCUCGUCGACGGCAUUGACAUUGGUGUCGCUGCCAAGGACAAGGUGAAGGAGGCCAGCGAGAACAUCACCGGAGGUGAUGUCAAGGGAAAGGCCGCCGAGCUGCGCGGUGAGGCCGCAGGCAAGGCAGAGGAGCUGAAGGGCGAUGUCAAAGGAAAGGCUGCUGAAGUAAAGGGCGAGGCCAAGAAGAAGGCGAACGAGCUAUAG